CAGAGCAAGGGCAUCACUGUCUCGCCGAGGGAUAAUGCCAAGCAUUUCGCGGUCUCGAGGAACACUUUAGCAACUGGCUCCGCUGCGGCAGAGCCAGGCGACCACGCUGAAGGCAACGCUGGAGAGGCGGCAGACCUGAGCGGCCUGCUGGAGAAGCGUAUGGGCCACGUCGACGCACAGCUGGACAAGCUGCUGGCGCACGCGGAGGAGGCCACGGAAUCCAGGAAGCUCCUGUGGAAGAUCGAGCAGGGCGUCUGCAAGCUGCGCGGCGUCACGGCGGGCUUAAGCGCGUCACCCGCGUCCGCCACCACCCUGCGGGAGGCAGCGGCGUCGCCCCAGGGCAGCAGGAGAGAAGGCCGGCAGCCCUUCACGAUACCAGGAUCUCCAGUCCCCAGCGAUGCAGGCGCGGGGCUGCAGCGCGGCUCCGCCUCGUCGGCGAGGCAGCGCGAGGGUGGCGGCGCCUCCCCUGGAGUGUCGCAGCCCAGCAGCAAGCCCAGCAGCAGCCCGGCGGCCCGGGCUGCUCUCGCCGCGGCGGCGGGCUCCCGGGGCGCCUCCGCCGCGGCGGCGCAGCAACAGCAGGUGCUGCAGCCGGCGUGGAGCCGGGAUGGCAGGGGCGCCACGCAGGAGAUCGGCGUGUCCCACCAUGCGCCGACGUCCGCGAACUACACGUAGGGCCCCAUCCCACCCACGCCAUCGUCGGGUCGGACGACAAGGGGGCGGAAAGAGGGAACAGGGAAAGGGCAGGAGAUCUGCUGCGUGCAGCUGGUGUCAGCCUCGCCGUCAGGCCCGCUCGUCCAAUUAUUGACGCCUCCGGCGCCAUGGGGUGCUGGGCAAAUCAGCUGCCUGAGCCGAUUCGCUCACCCCUUCCUGUUCACUAACCCCCUGUCGUCUGACACGACAUCCGCCCGCUGCAGACGCCUUGCUGCGGAUCUGCGGGAGGAGGAUAGGGGAAAAGGGGGGCCAACCUGAUGUUCGGUUUUCGCUUGGUCUCCGCGUGCUUCUCCCGAGCUGUGGCCUUCGAGGCAUGUUGCCCACCGCUGUCGGGGCCCAUACUGCUGGUUGUUUCCCAGUCAGUGCAAAGGGGGACCUUGCCAAGCAUGGUUCAGCUGACUUGUUCCCCCUGUUGACGCUUCCCCCCGCCAGCUGCCUCAAUUUGUACAGAGAGGGACUUCGCCUUUGCACUUGCAGCGUUCUAUGCCCACGCCCCGCUAUCGUGCCUCCUUCUUCCUCGUCCCCAACCGCGGCGAUAGACGCGCAUGGCAGUUGUAUGUUUGUAGCCGCACUGAUACCUUGACCUUUAUUCGAGCUCGCGAUCCACUCAGCGCUUCACUCAGCAUCAACAUCGCCAGCAGUAGCAGCA